AAACUGGUUUUUGAACGUAUAUAUUAAAAUCAAAGUCCUCGCCACAACGAGAACUCACAUUCUAUACUUCAACUAAAAGUACUUAAAAUACUCACUCCUAAAAAAUGGCCGCCAUUAAAAAAUACAAUAAGAAGUUAGGUUUUGACAUCAAUAAUAGUUAUGAGACGGGUGUACGUACCUACGGGUUCAUCAAGACCAAAAGAUGCGACACCCCCAUUCCAGCGGCUAGACACACGCUGGAGACCAAUGAGCUCUCAAAUAGGAUAAACUCUGUACACUCUAACUUCGGAGUUAGCGAGCACGAUACCGAUUCCGAUGUUUCGAAAGACGAUACCUGUUCUAAAAAGGUUUCGUCAAUUUCGGUGAAGAGCAUUAAAGGAUUAACCCCAUUCGAGAAGAAACGGCAAAUGUUCGACGCCGCCGAGUUCACCAUCACAAGAGGCCGCAAACUGAGCAAGGACUUCCAUCCCGUCAACCCUGGCUUUUAUCGGCCCGGGUCAUUUGAAGCCAACUCGAUUAUGUUUGAAGAACUGCAGAAUAUGUGUCACAAAAUGAAUUGUAAACUUACCAAAUGAAUUCGUUUUAUUAUUCAGAAAAAAAUUAAUAAAAAGCUUUCUUAUCCUUGAUAAUUUAACCUGAA